AUGGCGGCCCUCUUCUUCUCCACCCCCGUCGACAUCGACGUCGUCCUAGAGGAUCUGGACGAGCGCCAGACCGUCGAUGUCAAGCUUGACAAGGGUCGCCGUGAACGCGUCCCUCUGUACAUGGACGGAGAGUCGGUCAAGGGUGCAGUGACCAUUCGACCCAAAGAUGGCAAGAGAUUAGAGCAUACCGGCAUCAAGGUGCAAUUCAUUGAGAUGUUCUACGACCGAGGCAACCAUUACGAGUUCCUGUCGCUCGUCCAGGAAUUGGCUGCUCCCGGCGAGCUGUUACACCCCCAGACCUUCCCCUUCAACUUCAAAAAUGUCGAGAAGCAGUACGAAUCAUACAACGGGAUCAAUGUGAAACUGCGCUACUUUGUGCGCGUCACGGUCUCCCGGCGCAUGGCCGACGUCAUUCGCGAGAAGGACCUCUGGGUGUAUUCGUACCGCAUGCCACCCGAGACCAACAGCCCAAUCAAGAUGGAUGUGGGUAUUGAGGACUGCUUACAUAUCGAGUUCGAGUACUCCAAAUCCAAGUACCACCUCAAGGAUGUCAUUGUCGGCCGGAUCUACUUCCUGCUCGUGCGCCUCAAGAUCAAGCACAUGGAGCUCUCCAUCAUUCGACGGGAAACCACUGGUUCUCCCCCAAAUCAAUACAACGAAAGCGAAACACUCGUACGGUUCGAGAUCAUGGACGGAUCUCCUUCAAGAGGUGAAACCAUUCCCAUCCGUCUCUUCCUUGGCGGAUUCGACCUUACACCCACUUUCCGCGACGUCAACAAGAAGUACUCAACACGGUACUAUCUGAGCCUGGUUCUUAUCGACGAAGAUGCCCGGCGCUAUUUCAAGCAAUCCGAAAUUGCGCUCUUCCGUCAGGCCCCUGAGAUCGCCGCCACCCCGCAGAUCGCUCAACAACAGCAAAUCCAGCAGCAGGUGCUCCUGCAGCAACAGCAAGCAGUCCUACCGCCGGGAUCCGCCACUGCGGGCCCGGGACGUGAGAUCUCAUCUGCUGCCUCUCGAGAAAACAACGUUCCGGCAGCUGUCUCGGCUCCUGCAGCGUGA